AUGGCUGAACCUGGUACUUCAGCAUCCACUAAGAGGAUGUUUUCGGUGUCUGAAGGUGCCAAGCUGCACAUAGCCAUGACUAUCUUUCAGUUAGGUUAUUCAGGGAAUCAUGUGAUCAUGAGGGCUGCACUUAACAUGGGAGUAAGCAAGCUUGUUUUCCCCAUUUAUAGGAAUAUUAUUGCUGUGGUUCUGCUGGUUCCCUUUGCUUAUUUCAUAGAGAAGAAAGACAGGCCAACACUAACUAUUUCUCAUCUGAUACAAUUCUUCCUCCUUGGAUUUGUAGGGAUAACAUUCAAUCAAGGAUUCUACCUAUUUGGUUUGGACAACACCUCACCUACAUUUGCUUCUGCGACAGAGAAUGCUGUGCCUGCUGUGACCUUCAUCUUGGCUACCUUACUCGGAUUAGAGCAAGUUCACCUGAACCGUAGAGAUGGCAUAGCCAAGGUGCUUGGAACUCUAACUUCCUUCAUUGGAGCUUCUGUCAUAACUCUCUAUAAGGGACCAACAAUAUAUGGCCCAAACUCACCUUCAGAGCAAUCACAUUUGAUGUUUGCAUUAGGAGAUGCCAAGACAAAGAACUGGACCUUGGGUUGCAUCUGUUGUUUUGGUCAUUGCCUAUGUUGGGCGAGCUGGAUUGUGUUACAGGCAUUUGUCUUGAAGAAGUACCCAGCUCGGUUUUCAGUUUAUUCAUUCACUUGCUUCUUCGGUGUCCUGCAAUUUCUGGCAAUUGCAGGCUAUUUUGAGAGAGAUUCCCAGGCAUGGCAUGUGCACUCUGUUGGUGAACUCUUCACCAUUUUCUAUGCGGGAUUGGUUGUUUCAGGAAUGGGAUUUGCUAUACAAAUAUGGGUCAUACAGAGAGGUGGACCAGUGUUUGUUUCAGGCUAUCUGCCUCUUCAGACCAUGCUUGUGGCUGUAAUGGCCUCCAUUGCUCUACAUGAAGAUUUCUACUUGGGAGGAAUUGUAGGAGCCAUGCUAAUUGUAGUUGGACUUUACCUGGUUGUUUGGGGAAAAAGCAAAGAGACCAAGCUUGCCACAGAAAAGGAUGCGAUUUUGAUAUCAUCUGAUGACAGUCAGGCAAAAUUUCCAGGCAAAUCCUCUCUGGUCCAACCCUUACUUAACUCUGGGGAAUAA